CUACUUGGUCCAAGCUGAACUAACGGUUUCGCUCCAGCCGAUAGGGUCCGGAGCGAGCGGUCACGCCGGCCGACCUCGAAUUAACUCGCGACCACGCAACGACACGCGCAGCAGCAGCAGCAGGCCGAAUAAAAACUUGCUUAGCGCCCGGUGCAGCGCACCGGUGCAUACCGAUCCUUUGCCGCCCUGUUCCCUAUAGCCCGGUCGAUCACGACAUGCUAAAGCGGAGGUAGCGGCAGCCUUCGAUCGCCCUCACGUCACGCCGUCGCCGUCGUCCUCUUCUUUGUGGAGCUUCCACUUCUCGAGCUUGCUCGAUCGCUGAUCGCUUUUGCCCGCGGCGGCGUGCGUCAAGACUCACGAGGGGCGGCCGGAGGAGGGAGGGGAGGGAUCGGUCGGCAUGCAUCAGAUAGGGAGCGGCAUGUACGUGUCCGGCCGGGCGCCGGACAGGAGGCGGGAGCGGCAGCUAUCGUCGGGGUCGGUCGCCACGCCGCCGUACACCGGCGGGGACCUGUCGCGGUCAGGGGAGCUGGGACGGAUGUUCGACGUCGCCUCCUCGGCGUGGCAGUCGCAGGCGCCGUCCCCGGCCUCCUCCUCGCGCCGCAGCUCCGGGCACCUCCCGCUGCCGCCCAGGCCAGCCCCGUCGCCCUCGGCGUCCGGGCCGCUGUCGCAGCUCUCGCACUCCGGCCUCCUCGUGGGCCCGUCGCCUCCCGCCGCGCCGUCGCCGGCGCGGGGAGGGUCGUGGAGGAAGGCGAGCAGGAGGCGCGCGGCCGCCAUGGAGGAGGCGGCGCCCGUCGUGGCGCGCGGGAGCACGAGGCUCGGCGUCCCGUUCGCGUGCUACGUGCUGCUGCUCGUGGCCGCCGCGGCCGGAGUCGGCGCCGGGCUGUUCUUCCUCGUGGCGUGGCGCCGGUGGGAGGCGCUCGCGGCUGCGGGCGGCGCCGUGGCGGCAGCCGCGGCCGUGCUCUCCUGGAACUUUCUGCGGUGCGCGGCGGAGGCGGAGCGGUUCUUCCGGCUGUCCCCCGACACGGUGUUCGACCAGGGGGACAUGCCCAUCGGCGAGCUCGUCAAGAUCACCGGGCAAGUGACCUGCGGGCGGGUCCCCGUGGGAGCCUGCUUCCACGACGCCGCCCGGUGCGUCUUCACGUCGGUCCGGGUGUACGGCCGCCGUGGGUGGGCGUGGGCCUGCUGCUGCUCACGGUGGCAGCUCAGGCACGCCGAGGCGCGGUCGACAAACUUCUACAUCUCCGACAGGAACUCCGGGAGGAGGUUCUACGUGCGCGCCGGAGAAGGCGCCAAGAUCACCUGGAUGAUCAACCGGAAAACCAUCCGCUUUGACGGCGGCGACGGCAGCAAGGGCGCGUCGCGGAGCCUCAAGAGCUGGGCGGCCAGCACCGGCGUGUCCUGCGACGGCGCCGUGCGCGUCGAAGAAGGGUUCGUCAGGGAGGGGGACACGGCGAGCGUGAUCGGCGUGCUCAAGAGGCACCACGCCUUCAACGUCGUCGACGCGCCGGACGGCGUGGUGGCCACCGGCCGCCAGCCGGCGAGGUGCAUGUUCCCGGUUCUCGUCGAGGGGCUGGUGCUCAUCGGCAGCGACGACCCCGACGAGGGCGUCUACAUGGUCUAAGCAUAAGCUUGCGACGACUGACCGGCCUCGGGCUGCUUUGACAGUUUCAGUGCUGACUAUAUUGACAGUUUCAGCGCCUACCAUAUUAGGUUUCCGCAGCACAAGGAUCUGCUGCAUACUGAAUGCUGUAAAUUAGAGUGAGGUUUUUAACUGUUUAUAGGCUUGUCCGGGUUUGAUGCUGUGGUAGCAGAUGCUCUCUUUUUUUUUUACUCUUCUCUAAGUACAGCUCUGUCGCUUUUUGGAUCACAGCGUGCUUACAUCAUUGUAAUCUUUCACACGAAGACAACUUUUCUCAUGUGAGUAAAAGGAUUGGUUUUGCA